UCAUGGCUUAAUGUGUAAUGUGCUUGGAAUGAUCGAGCUUGAGGAAAGUUUAAUCAUUCCCAAAGGAAAACAUGAUCCAAUACAAGGAGAAUACGACGAUGCAGUUGCUGGGGUGAGCACCAACACCAAGCCGCCGUUUAAAAAGGCCGCAAUGCCCGAUCAUAAGACAUGUUUCAUCGUGCCCAAAAGAGUGAGUGAAGCGACACAAAAGGAGCAUGUCAAACCAGUUAGAGGAGUGCUCACCAACACCGAAACGACGCGUAAAAUGGCGACCAGCGAGGAUAGUAACUUUUUUGUAUCGGUGAAUUCGAAACCAUUGCGAGAAAACCGUGCUGAAUGCGCAAGUAUUGGUGAAGCUAACCAAAAGGUGCUUCCGCUAUCCGAAGUUGUUGCCUAUGUGGAAGGUUUAAUGGAUAAAUUUAGCGGUGAUAACGGAGAAGAUGUUAAUAUGUGGGUCGGCCAACUAGAAAAAACAUUUCACAUGCUACAAAUUGACGAUGUACAAAAAAUAAUAGUUAUACGCCGAUUGCUCGAAGGAACCGCCGCAAUGUUGAUUAAAUCAUCUAUCCAUACCGAUGAUGAGGAACUGAAACAGAAACUGCUGAUUAAUUUUUCUUCAAAACCACCGACCAAAAGUGUAUAUCGUCAACUCCGACAACGUAAAUUGCUGCUGAACGAGACCACAACACGAUAUAUAAUGGAAAUGGAAAACAUCGCAAAAAGAGCAAUGAUUCCGGAACAAGAACUCACUUCUAUUAUUCUUGAUGAAAUCAGAGAUCCUACUAAUGCUGCUGCAAUUCGAUUUGCAACCAAUAGUAUGAACGAGCUACGAGCUGCGCUACAACGAUACGAAUUUAUUUGGCCCCGUCAGAUGAAGCAAACAAUAGCAGCACCAAAUACUGCCUGAUCUGAUACUGCAGUAAAAUGCUACAACUGUGCGCGUUACGGGCAUCAUCAGCAGGAUUAUCGACAACCCAGACGCCCGCAAGGAUCGUGCUUCUUGUGCCACAAGACAGGACAUGUAAUUCGCGAUUGUCCUCAACGUGUCCCAUCUACUUCAGCGGCAGUUCAACAGGGAGAGGUUACGUCUCACUACGAGCUUCAGCCAACAAACGAAGUCCAUCCAAUGCAAAAUUUUCAGGUCCGGAAGCUGUGGUUGAUGGCGUUGCUGAGGAGUGCCUGAUAGAUUUCCCGUUGUCGGAGGAGGAUGUAUUCAUUUUAUCCGAUGAUGAAGAUAAGGAUGAAAUAAUCGAAUACAUCGAGAACGAGAGCGAAGAGGAUGAUAAAGAUGAAGAAGAUCAUCUACUGAAUGAGGAAAAUAAUAGUCCAGCUCAACAUCCGAUGGCCAAGCGGUUGAGAGUUUGGGCUUUAUCUCAUAAGAUACCUCAUUUAGUAUUGAAUGAUCUUCUUCGCUUGGUUCGCGAAACAACGGACAUUCCUCUUCCUCUAGAUUCUAGAACGCUCCUUAAGACACCGGUUGCUGUGGGCAAGGAAAUAUACGCGGUAGCUGGCGGUGAAAUGUGGUAUCAUGGCAUUGCAAAAUGUAUGCAAAGUUGUUUCCGGUAAAACAGAUUGUGCUUAGCGUGAUAACAUGUACCAUGUAAAUAACUAAUACAUAGGUAACAUCUACU